UUCUGCGUUCCUGCGUGCCCGGGGAGCAGCAGGGCAGGGCAGGGUGGGCCAAACCAGGCUGAAAGAUCUUUCCUCCCCUUCCUUGGAGGCCCCUGGGAUGGGGGGCCUGGGUUACUCCCCCACCUUGGAGGCCUCUGGCUGGGCCCUGGGGCUUCUGCCUCUGCUGCUGCUUCUCCCUGGAGCUGAGGGCCAGAUCCAGGUGUGCUCUGUGGACCAGGAGUUGUUCUCUGUGGUAGAGAAUGAAGUCCCUACAAGACCCAUAGCCAACGUCACUGCACCCCUCGGGCAGACGGUGGAUGUGAGUGAUUCGUCCAAUCCUGCGGACAUCUUCUAUAUUGAGAAUGGUGAGCUGAGGCUCACCAGGGCCCCCGAUUAUGAGACGCAUACUGUGCUGACUGCAAUCCUAGAGUGCAAAGAGGGGUCCAUUGUGGUGACCAGGCUGCCUGUGAUUGUGGAGGUCAUCAAUGUCAAUGACAUGGCUCCCGAGUUUCCCUUUUCCAGCAAGGCCUGGAAUGUUAGUGAGGACACCAAGGUGGGGACCACUGUCAUCCCAGCCACAGAACUGACAGCCACAGACAAAGAUGGGGACACACUCUUCUACAGUCUCUUAGGGCAGAGCCCCCUGGAUGCAGAGCUGUUUUUCUACCUGGCUGGAGUUAACUUCCCUGCCCUGCAGCUGAACCGGACUCUGGACUAUGAGAAGAACCCAGUCAUGGUCCUCCACCUUCUGGCCAGGGACACUGAAGAGCCACAAGAGGUGCCUAGCCACACUGCCACGGCCACAAUCACAAUCCAAGUGUUGCCUGCGGACAUACGCCCUCCAUGGUUCUUACCCUGUGUGUUCACUGAUGGGCGAAUCUGUGUCCAUGCCCAGUACCAAGGAGCUGUGCCCACUGGCUCUGUCCUGACAGAACCCCUGACCUUCGAACCUGGGCCUGUGUACGCUAUAGAUGGAGACACUGCCAUCAAUGAACCAAUUGAAUACAGCAUUAUUGGGGGGAAUACAGACAAUACAUUUCAGAUUGGUGUGGACACGGGGAACGUCACCAUGGCCAAAGCUGUCCCUGUCCCCAUGACCUUCACCCUGCUGGUCCAGGCUCAACAACAAAGGAACACAGGAAGCUAUUCUGUGACUCAGGUCACCAUUCAGGCAGUGGCUGGGCAGCUGUACCCACCUCGAUUCCCCCAGGCCCUAUACCGAGGCUGGUUGCCCCCAGGCACUGGCAUCAACGUGGCUGUGAGGGACACAGAAGACCCUGAUAGGGAGCUGAGGCUCAGAGCUGAAGAUGAUGACUUCCCAGCAGGUGUGCCCAAUUCAGGCCUCAGGUACCAAAUCACCAACAGCUCAGCCUUCAGGAUGUCUGGAGAGAUUGUGCUGACCAAUGCCAGUGUGGGGCCUCCGCAGGUGCUUUACCUGCAGGCUGAAGUCUUGGACUAUCUGACUUCCGAGAAAGACACCACCACUAUUGAAAUCCUUGUCCAGGACACAAAGCCCACUACUCCAGGUGGCUCUCCAGAAGACCAGGAGCAGCUGGGGCCCAUGGUGAAUGGGAUGGCCAUCAUGGGAGGGGUGCUGGGAGCCCUGCUCUUGCUGACCCUGGUACUGUUGGCAGUCUUCAUCUACAAGCACAAUAAGGGCCAGAAGCAUGGUCUCAGCAGCAAGUAUGAGACUGACUUAAAGGCCUCAGGCUAUGAUAAUAAAACAUUCCAAGCUCAGGAGUCACCUAGCCCAGAGCCAGGACCUGAGCCUCAGCCCGACAAGGAUGACUCUCCAGUGGGGCCCGGCAAUGGCCCGGCCCCCCCAAUGCCUGGGCUUGAGAUGGCCGGCCCUGCGGUCAGAGAGGCCAAGGAGGAGGAGAUGGGCGAGGCCCCAGAGCAGAGGAGCCCCAGGACCCGGAAAGAGGGACCCGUGAGGUCCAUCCUGACCAAGGAACGGAAGGCAGAGGAAGGAGGGUACAAAGCCGUGUGGUUUGGGGGGGACAUCAGUGCCGAGGUGGACGUGGUGGUCAUCAACAGCCCAGGGCCCGAGGAGUCCCCGACACCUGAGGAGCCCAGGGCCGCGCCCGAAGAGUCUGAGGAGUUUGAGGCAGAAGAGCCUGACUUGGUCCUGGUGGUGUCAGAAGAGCCUGAGCAGCUCCUGCUGGCAUCUGGGGAGCCCCACUCACUCUCGGUGGUUCCUGAAGAGCCCGAGGAGGGGCCCAAGGUUGACCAGAGCCCUGUGGAAGGGAAUGAGAGUGGGGACGGCUGGGGCCGACCACCCACCCUGGUCAGGGCCUGAGUCCCAGCUGAGGUCUCUGGGCUCCCCUUCUAUGGCUUGGACAUGGGGGGGGGGUGACACAGACCAAGCUGUCCCCCAGCCCCACUUCGGUACUUACCCCUCCU